AUGGGUGUUUCUUACCUUAGUACUAUCGUUGGGAGUUUGAUUGGAUCAGCUAUUUAUACAUGGUGCGCAUAUGGAGCAUACACUUUAAAAUUAUUGAAAAAUGAAGAGGUUUAUCCCGAAGUUUUUAUACCCCUGGCUAUAUUUGGGGCAGUUUGUAUGCCAACUGGUAUUUUCAUAUUUGCUUGGACAAGUUCACCGGAUAAUCAUUGGAUAGGCCCAAUGAUAGGCUCUGCUAUUUUUGCAAUAGGAGCAUUCAUUAUCUUCCAAUCCUUAUUCAAUUACUUAGGAAUGUCAUUUUGGAGGUAA